AUGCAUGCAAAGGAUCGACAGGAGGUGGAGAAGAAACAAACAUCGAACUAUGCGGAGGGUGGAAGAGCUAAGUGUGUACUGCUGCGCUUACCGAUUGCCGUCACUGUCGCAUUCGCGUGGUCACGUCGCCUUCCGGAGGUUGGCAGAACCAUGGACCAUACCGUCACCUCCACCUUCUUCCUCACUGCUCAAUCGGCAUGCAUUCUGUCCUCUCUCGUCUACAAAUCCGGCCGCGUGAAUUUUUUUUGUGUCACAAACAAAUAA